AUCGUUGUGUUCGGGAGAGUGUGUGUGCGUCCCUCGAGCUUGGCGCGGCGGACCUGCCCAGUAAAUACGAGGCUUCCGUUCCGGUGUACGUGUCGGCCGAUUGCUGAAGCGACGAGUGAGGAGCCAAGGGGCCGAGAACCCUCUUGUGUGUUGAGAGUUGCCGCGAGCGGACCCCGUGUGCAUCGCCCGGCGCUCCGUCGUGGUGCCAUCAUGCCGUUGAGCAUCGGUGUUAACCUAAGGGUGACCGGACACUGUAACCAGGGCGGUCGUAAGUACAUGGAGGACAUGUUCAGCGUGGCCUUUCAGUCGACACCGGAUGAUAAGGACCUGGAGUACGCGUUCUUCGGGAUAUUCGACGGCCACGGAGGCGGCGAGGCGGCCAGCUUCGCCAAGGAGCACCUGAUGAACGUGAUCGUCAAGCAAAAGAACUUCUGGUCGGAUCGGGACGAGGACGUGCUCCGCGCGAUCCGAGACGGAUACGUGAGCACGCACUAUGCGAUGUGGCGGGAGCUCGACAAAUGGCCAAGAACAGCUUCUGGAUUACCAUCUACGGCCGGGACCACCGCCAGCAUUGCGUUCAUCCGCAAGGGAAAGAUUUAUAUCGGUCACGUCGGCGACUCCGCUAUAAUUCUGGGAUACCAGGUGGAGGGCGACCCACAGUGGCGGGCCAAGGCACUGACCAAGGAUCACAAGCCUGAGAGCGGGUCAGAAAUGAUGAGGAUACGAGAGUCUGGCGGCAAAGUGAUCAGCAAAUCCGGAGUCCCGAGGGUUGUUUGGAACCGACCUCGAAUUGGGCACAAGGGACCGGUGCGAAGGUCUACUCACAUAGAUGAAAUUCCAUUUCUUGCCGUUGCUAGAUCGUUAGGUGAUUUAUGGAGUUACAAUUCUGAAUUGAACACAUUCGUUGUAUCACCUGAACCAGAUGUUAAGGUAGUUGCAAUCGAUGUUGAAUCACACCGUUGCCUUAUAUUUGGAACAGAUGGCUUGUGGAAUAUGUUAACACCGCAGAGUGCAGUGGCCAUUGUCCAAGCUGCGGACAGACACAAUGAAAAGCAUCUGAUUGCCUCCCAGCAAACAUGUAAUGGGCAAUCUGAUAAUGUCCAGUUGUGGAUUAACCCUUCAAAAAGCCUAGUAGAUAAAGCAUUGGAAAGGUGGUCGCAGAAGAGAUUACGCGCGGACAAUACGAGCGUUGUUACGCUGAUGUUGGAUCCGCCUGGACCAUCCCGGUGUGAAGUAUUACUGAGCCAGAAGGAGUGCGUUAUGGCACAUCACAGCCUACACAACCCAGCAGCUAGACUCUCUACAGAAUCCAUCGAGAAACCUACUUACAGUCCAAUGCCUCUAAGCGUACCAAGACCUCUCCCAUUAACGAGUCACAAUAUGAACCUCCCAAAACCAGAAUUUUGCAACAGAAUCGAGCAGAGCCGAGAGGAGCCGACGUCGGAAAAGAUUCUGCUGGAAGAGAGGAUCCAAGAAACUCUAGACAUAAGUCAUCAGCUAGGAGACGAAGCAACAGACACGGGUAUUAAAGAUGUGAUCGUGGAAGAGACCAUUAAAAUUACGGAAACGAUAUCCCACGAGAUAACGGAAACGAAUCAUGAAGUAAAUAAUAAGGAAUUAGAUACAAGCUCGCCAAAGAAACUGGAUCACCAGGAACAGACGAACGCACCCGAGAAACAACCGGAAGCAGUUAAUGCGUCGCCCGAACAAAUUCUUUCCAGCUUUCAGGAUUUUCCGGAACUGGAGAGCACAAAGAGCAACCCGGCUAACGAUUCAAAUGUGAUACACCAAAGUGCAUUUUCUUGCGAAGGCCAUGAUAUACGUACGUCCACCCCCGUUAGUAACACCGCGGAGAAGAAGAGCGUAGCGCCGGAGACCCCGACGGCUGCUAUUGAGAACAAAGUAACGAGCAACGUUUUAAAUGGGUUGCGCCACAAACAACAGACACUGUUCUCCACGACAAGAACACAAGUCAGGAAUGCGAGGAGUAGGAGGCACAGCUUAACCGCGCACUCGCGAAACAACCUUGUGGAGGCCGUGUCCGUGGAGCCGAAGACGUACGUGAACUCGAGGUUUAAAGCGCGUAGUACAAAAGUAACUGGGAACACAGUGGACGAAGGUGUUAGGAACUCUCCGGGUAAAACAACUGGUAGUGCUGUCGGUGCUAAACGAAGACAUAGUGCAAUAUCGCAAAGUGUAGUUAGUACGGUGGAAGAACCACGCGUGUUGCAAGAGCCCUGCUUCAAGAGGAGGACAAGAUCGGAGGACAGGCCGAAACCGGUCGACGAGAACGACCCAGCGAACCAGACCACCAAGGACGCAGCCGGCAGUUGGCCCGCCGAGUCCAACAUUUCUCGCACCUCGGGAGGUGCGAAUACUGUUCCUAUACAGGACAGGUUGUCGCCUUUGAACACCUUCCAGAGGAAUCUGGGGAAGAAGGUGACACCGGUGAAGGCUAUCCGAAGACCAUCGUUCAAAGGUCUGCUGAAACAACUGUUUGCUGCUAGCCUCGGUGCGCGAGAAUGGGAUCAGGGGAGAAACAACCGGUCGAACGGCUGCAACGAGAGGAGGAUAAACCGAACUAUGUCUAUUAUAGGUUCAUCGGAUAGUACAACCGUUCCGCAACGUUGGCUCAGGUCAGACACCAUUGCUGCUACUCCAGUGAAGACGCUGCGCUCCCGCAACGUGGACAUACAUCAGUAUAGUCUAGUGAAACAACAGAACCGGCUAUCCUUGCCAAACAAACUGAAGCAGACCGGCAACAACGGCUACCUGCAGUCGAGCAGGGUAAGAUCGUCCUCGCUGACGUCCAGUAUUAAACAAAAUAGCAGCAAUACUGGCACAGGGACCUGUUCGACGAUUAGUCCGACCAAUACAGGAUGUAAUACUAGCUCUGGAAUGGCUAAAAGAGUUAAAUCGCCGUAUAAACCGAGUGCCCGGUCACUAAGCACGCGAUCUCGCAUUAAACGCCUCGGGAAGUAAGGUAGGACAACACAACACGCACGCGUCAAUUAUGUUGUUACUUUGUGUUGGGUAUGUCUCUUUACCCUUCAUUGUUUUUAUUCGACGUAUAUUUGCUUUCUAUCUCUGCGAUGAGAAAUGCUACUUUAGAUAUAUUUUAUCAUCCGUACUAUUGCAUUUCAUCGUAGCGAAUCGACCAUUGAUGUCCAAUCGUUUUAUUUCUGGCUGGAUUCGAUUAAAAGAUUCAAGAAAUUCGUUCACCGCUUUAAUUACUUGCUUCGCUCACCGAUACUUGUUUUAACGAUCGGCACACGGAAAUAUUAACAGAUAGGAGAAUCGACGAUAUUUUUCAUAUUUACGGGCUUUCACACACCCGACCUAACGGCUAGCAAUAAAUAUUGACAUCAAUAAAAUGUGUAUAUUGACUGCAUUCAAAGUGGUCCUCACGCACUGCAAUGUUUUUACUGUCAUACACGAUUCUCUGGAACUUCGUAUCUUCUUCUUCGCGGUAGAGCACAGUCGCAGGUUUAAUUAUCAAUCAGAGAUUGCCAGAAGCAUCGUUCCUGUUUUUGUUUUUUUUCUUUCGUUCAGUUAAUCUUUUCGAGACAAACACUGUGGUUCAAGUUACAGUCAACGAGUAAUGGCGUCCGGGGUAGCUAAAGACUUCUUCCAUUGUGUUUCGAUGCUUUCUAAUGUUUUACUAGCACGUCGAGAAAAGCGUUAAUCGAAGGAAAGUACGUGAACAUAUGUGUAUAAAAAAAUGUGUGAUAAUACAAGACGUAGAAUGAUUGUAUAUCUAACGGAGAGACAAAGCGCGCAUGUAUAUUUGUAGAAAUUAUCUCCCCGUCACAAUAAUUUCUGUAGGUGUUAACGGUUUUCUACGCGAAACUGACUUAUUAAAAGAAUCAAACGGAAUCGUUAAACGAAAAGUGAAAAUGAUGUGAGUAUAGUUGAUAAGUAAAAACAAAAAAAAAUGGUUAACAUAUUUAGUACGUAGGUACGUAAUCACUGAUCUGCUUUGGCUCUGCAAGGAGUGGCCAUUGAAGAUUCGCUCGAAAAUCAUGAAAUCUUUUAUAUAUAAUGUAUAUAUCACUUUGUACGAAGAUAGCACAAAAGGCCCGACAGCAGGCUCGUCAUAAUUUUUACUAUCACGUUGCGAGGCAUUUAAUUGUUCAUUUACAUAUAUUUCCACACGGCAAUGGAAUCUUGAAUGGCGGCCGCUCGGCACGAGACAAUGAAGAAACGACUGUCUAUUACGCGAAUAAAACAAAGUUUAGAGUUAUAUUUAUAGCAAUUUAACGAGAUGUUUCAGAUAAAAUGAAGAGAAAAAGAACGACCGACAAAUUCGUCGAACUAUAUUAAGGAAGUGAGUCGUACUCGUUAAAAGAACGGUGAUCAAAAAAAAGUACAUUAUAACGGUAAUCAGUGCUUAGGCCAAUAAAGUAGAAAUCCGCCCUGUUGAUUUUGAUUCUUCCCCCCCAUUUUGUUUUUCUUUUCUCAUUUUUUCGCCAGGACAACGAUUUAUCCGUUGGUAGAAUUAAUUUUAAGAUAAUUUAAAGAUUGCGAGCUCGCACUGCGGAAUGUACUUUAGGACAAAUUUAGGCUGAAUGGUUUUUGUUGUUAAUUGAUUGUGGUGUGCUGUAACAACGCUAACGAUUCGGGACAGUGAAUUCAAUUUAACGCCUAUUAUGCACACACUAGUAGAUCGUCGUUGAAAGUUUUCACUAUACAUUUUUACUGGUACGACGAUCUAUGUACAAAAAAAUGAAAAAGGAUUAAGUUUCUCUAGGCAAAGAAACGUGAUCAAGAUAUCAAGGUAAACCCUGUCCCCGGAUCGUUUACAAUGCGGGGGAGCGAAUUAUAUUUUGAAAAUUGCGUAUACAUUUGUACGAACUUACUGAUAUUUUUAUAUUCUUACGUUCAUUGUAAAUCAGUGCAGGGAACGGAAUUUAAGUUGUAUCAAAGAGUAGAAGAACAAUGAGGAGAAUAUGAUAAAAGAAGAACGACACGUGUCUACUAUAGUUACCAUUUAUUGAAUGUAUAUAUAUAUGCAUAUGUAUAAAGUGUAAUCAUGUAACAUGGACCAAGAAGAUAAACACACACCUUUUUUCACUGUUGCAACAGAGGGGGAGAGAGAGAGAGAGAGAGAGAGAGAGAACAGCCGAAGUAAAUAUAUUUAACUAAUUUUAAAAGCAAAUCAGUGUUACGUGUCUUUUUUUAUAGAGUAAAUAUAUCUAGAAUAUAAGCAACCUCGCUUGUAAGAAAAUACUUCUAUAUAUAAUAUAUAGAUUAUAUAGAAAAUCCUCUUCUUGGUGCAUGCGAUGCAAUCGGCACUGUAUAUACAUAUAAAUAUAUAACAUAUGAAUACAUACGUAUAAUAUGUAAACACGUAUAUAUCAUGCGAAUGGUCUAUAUAUACGUGUAGGAAGAAGAAACAGCGUAGACAUUUAAGCCCUUAGGAGACGAAUUAAUAAAAAUGAAAUCUUUGCUAGCGUUUAUUUAUAUACACGAGAAUUAUUCUAUUAUAGGACAAGUGAGAUCGACUAGUGAGAGACGAAAGGGAUCCGUCUGGUUGCGCUUGUAGAUACAUAAACAAAUUAUUCGUUAUAUAGGACGUGAAGAAAACCAAGUAUUUUCUGAGAGCUGACGUAAAAAAUAAAGAAGAAAAUUUAUCACAGAAAGAGAGAGAGAGGGAGGGUGAGAGAAAGAAAAAUGUGAGAGAAUGGAAGACAGGAACGUGUAGCGAGCGACAAAAAAAUUUAUAGUGGUUUAUCUCAGGUUAAGUAUAGGUCGAUGGAGGCGAACUCGAACAAAUGUGUGAUCACGUUUCAAAUCUGUAUAUUUUAAUUAAAUAAAGUGAAAUAUGCAAAAA